CUUUCGCCGAUUCUUGAAUUUUCAGAAGCCGCUGAACGUCCAGCAGCCAGCUCGUCUUCCAGUUCCGGGGUUCUACGCCCUAAGUCCCAAAUGAAGUUCGAAAGAUUCCUCUCGAUCCCAGUCUCUGCGGUGUUUCUGUUAACGGGUUUUGUCUAUUACAUCACAGUGUUCGUUUUCGUCGAGGACUGGAUCGGGUUACGGAGCUCAGCUGGUUCUUUGAACGCAAUGAUGUUCACUCUUUUGUGCUUUCUCUGCCUUUUCUCUUUCUUUGCUUGUGUUCUCAUUGACCCUGGUCAAAUUCCGGCUUCUUAUGUCCCUGAUGUUGAAGAAAGUAGGCGAUCAGAUGAAGAAUCCCAGAAAAAUGGUGCUCAACUGAGGCAAUGUGACAGGUGUUCUACAUACAAGCCUCCUAGGGCUCAUCAUUGUCGGGUCUGCAGAAGGUGUGUUUUGAGGAUGGAUCAUCACUGUCUUUGGAUAAAUAAUUGCGUUGGCUAUUGGAACUAUAAGCCCUUUUUUAUACUUGUCUUAUAUGCAACUAUAGGUAGCAUCUACUCUACGUUUACAGUAAUAAUAUCUUCAUUUCAAAAGGACUUUGGCGGAAGGGCACCCCUCAAGGUUUUUUAUGUUAUUUGCGGAGCAGUGAUGAUUGGCUUGAGUGCAACGCUUGGAACUCUUUUGGUUUGGCAUAUCUACCUUAUCAUUCAUAAUAUGACAACCAUAGAGUAUUACGAAGGAAUACGGGCAUCGUGGUUGGCACGGAAAUCUGGUCAGAGCUAUCAACAUCCAUUCAACCUUAGUGUUUACAGAAACAUUACUUCGGUCUUGGGCCCAAACAUGCUGAAAUGGUGGUGCCCCACCGCUUUGGGCCAUCUAAAAGAUGGUCUUACCUUCCCUGUUUCACGUGAUGGUUCCUAAAUUUGUUCGGCCUCCACUCUGUUUGGAGUUAACUUCUCAUGCCUGUUAUUCAGCUUAUAGAGGAAUUAAGAGUUCCGUCAUUUUUUGUCUUCUUAAUGUGCAAAGAAGCCUGAAGCUGACUUGGAAGUGACUAAUUUUUAUUAUAUGGAUGCGAGCAUGAUAUGAGGGUUCAAUUACAUACACCAGAAAGUUGGCACACACUUUGAUGGUUAAGUCUGUUGUUGAUGAAGUCUUAAGUUCAUCGUUGUUGAUGGAGUACUGCAAAAUGAAGUUCUUGCAAAACAUGAUUGGAUAUGGAUAUUGUUAGGUUAUAAAUUUUUUAUGGAGCACGCAUACACGAGAUAACUUUAUGUUGUUGCCAUGGAGAUGCUGUUUAUAUUGUUGACAAGAGUUUCCUUUGUAAAAUAAGUAAUUCACUUUCA